CCCCCUCACAGGUUCCUGGAUUAUUUGAAGCCGAUGAAUUCACGACCCUCAUGACCCAGUGCAAGGAGGGGUCUCAAAAGGAAGGACUGAUGCUUGAUUCCUCCGAAGAACUUUACAAAUGGUUUACCCAUCAGAUAAUGAGAAACCUUCACGUGGUAUUCACUAUGAAUCCUUCCUCUGAGGGUCUUAAAGACAGAGCUGCUACUUCUCCUGCUUUAUUCAAUCGUUGUGUGUUGAACUGGUUUGGUGAUUGGUCCACUGAUGCUCUGUAUCAAGUUGGAUAUGAGUUUACUAAUAAAGUUGACCUUGAUAAAUCAGACUAUAUUCCUCCUGAUAGGGUUCCUGUGGUAUAUCCUGAUCUUCCCAUGCCUCCUACUCACAGACAGUCUAUUGUGAAUGCUUUUGUAUACGUUCAUCAGACGCUCUAUCAAGCUAACACCAGCCUACAGAAGAGAGGAGGGAGGACAAUGGCCAUAACACCAAGACACUAUCUUGAUUUCAUCAAUCAUUAUGUUAAACUCUACAAUGAAAAGAGACAAGAUCUUGAGGAGCAGCAACUACAUUUAAAUGUCGGUCUCCAAAAAAUACGAGAGACCGUAGAACAAGUAGAAGAAUUACAAGCCAGCCUCUCUAUAAAGAAGAACGAGCUAGAGCAAAAGAACACGCUAGCGAACCAGAAACUGAAACAGAUGGUCCACGAUCAGCAAGAGGCCGAGAAAAAGAAGAUAACGUCACAGGAGAUACAGGAGGCUCUUAAGGUUCAAACUCAUGAUAUUGCUCAAAAGAAGGACAUUGUGCUCAAUGAUUUGUCCAAAGUGGAACCAGCUGUCAAAGAGGCUCAGCAAGCUGUGAAGGGAAUUAAGAAGUCCCACCUAGUUGAAGUGAGGGCUCUGAACAAUCCCCAUCAGGUCAUCAAGAUGGCACUGGAAAGUAUCUGCAUGCUAAUCGGAGAACCUUACACUGACUGGAAGAGUAUCAGACAGAUUAUAAUGAAGGAGAACUUUAUACCUACCAUUGCUAACUUCUCUACCGAAGACAUAACUGAUGACGCUAGGAAUAAAAUGAAGAGAGAUUACAUGUCACAUAAAGAGUAUAACUUUGAGACUGUUAAUCAUGCUAGUAAAGCUUGUGGGCCUUUGGUGAAAUGGGCCAUUGCUCAGUUGAGUUAUGCUGACAUGUUGAAGAGGGUUGAUCCGUUACGUAAAGAACUGAAGGAUUUGGAAACCAAAGCUGAAGAAACUCGUCAUAAAGGAGAACAAAUAACAAAAAUAAUAUCAGAACUUGAAGCCUCUAUAGCAAAAUAUAAAGAAGAAUAUGCCAUGCUUAUUUCUGAUGCAAAUGUUAUUAAGAAUGAUUUAUCAACUGUUGAGAAAAAGGUUGAUAGGAGCAAGGCACUACUGACCAGUCUCAGUGGAGAGAGGGAGCGUUGGAACACAGGGAGCGAAACAUUCAAGACUCAAAUGUCUACAAUCAGUGGAGAUGUAUUGCUGACGUCAGCAUUCAUGGCUUAUGGAGGUUACUUUGAUCAACAGUUUCGUCACAGUCUCUUCACCUCUUGGGCCACUCACCUCCAGGAGGCUAGGAUAUCUUUUAGACCUGAUCUAGCAAGAGUUGAAUAUUUAUCUAAUGCAGAUGAGAGACUAAGAUGGCUUGCUAACUCAUUACCAGCUGAUGAUCUCUGCACUGAGAAUGCCAUCAUGAUCAAGAGAUUCAACAGGUAUCCACUGGUAGUCGAUCCGUCCGGUCAAGCAACCGAAUUUAUUAUGAACGAGUACAAAGACAAGAAGAUUACCAAAACAAGUUUCCUUGAUGAUGCUUUCCGUAAGAAUCUAGAGAGUGCCCUUCGUUUUGGUAACCCGCUACUGGUGCAGGACGUUGAGAGCUAUGACCCAAUCCUGAACCCUGUCCUUAAUAGAGAAGUAAAGAAGACUGGAGGACGUGUUCUUAUAACACUCGGAGAUCAGGAGAUUGACUUGUCACCUUCUUUCACCAUUUUCCUUUCAACGAGGGAUCCUUCUGUUGAAUUCCCACCUGAUCUUUGCUCUAGAGUCACUUUUGUUAAUUUCACCGUCACAAGGAGCAGUCUACAGAGCCAAUGCCUUAAUAGAGUUCUUAAAUCCGAGAGACCAGAUGUUGAUGAGAAGAGAUCCGACCUACUUAAGCUUCAAGGUGAGUUCCUCCUUCGUUUGCGUCACCUUGAGAAGAGUCUCCUCACUGCACUCAAUGAGGUCAAAGGUCGUAUCCUAGACGACAACAGAAUCAUUACUGAGCUUGAGACGCUCAAGAAAGAGGCUGCAGAAGUUCAGAGGAAGAUGGAGGAGACUGAUACUGUAAUGGCCGAAGUAGACACAGUCUCUCAGCAAUACCUGCCUCUCUCCACCUCCUGCUCUGCCAUGUACUUCACUCUGGAGUCACUCAAUCAGGAUUUUAUUUCAUGGCUCAAUAGUGUUUCACCUGAAGACAAUGUCCCUGUGUGCUGGGAUGAUGAAUUACCAUUGACUCCUGUUGGUAAAUGCUUCUAUCAGUUGUUGGUCAUACAAACCUUCAGGCCAGAUCGUCUUCUUGCUAUGGGAAACAAUUUUGUAGCCACAGUGAUGGGCAAAAACUUUAUGUCAGCUGCAGAACAAGAGCUGGACCUUGCUAAAAUUGUUAACGAUGAGGUUAAGAGUAAUACUCCAGUGCUAUUGUGCUCAGUUCCUGGCUACGAUGCUAGCGGUCGUGUUGAUGAUUUAUCAGCAUCACAGAACAAGCAGUGUACAUCAAUUGCUAUUGGAUCUGCUGAAGGAUUUAAUCUUGCAGAGAAAGCCAUCUCAUCAGCUUCAAAGACUGGAAGAUGGGUCUUGUUAAAGAAUGUUCAUUUGGCUGCCCAGUGGUUAGUAUCAUUAGAGAAGAAGCUUCAUUCUCUCUCACCUCAUGCCAACUUCCGUCUCUUCCUAACAAUGGAGAUUAAUCCUAAGAUCCCGGUUAAUCUUUUGAGAACCUCGCAGAUCCUGACAUUUGAGCCUCCGCCCGGAAUCAAGGCCAACCUGAUCCGAACCUUUGCUACAGUACCAGUCACUAGAAUGUGCAGGGAGCCACACGAAAGGGCCCGACUUUAUUUCUUACUGGCAUGGCUACACGCCAUAUUACAAGAAAGGUUGAGAUAUGCUCCUCUUGGUUGGACGAAAAAGUACGAGUUUAACGAGUCUGAUUUGAGGAUGGCAUGCGAUACUCUGGACACCUGGUUGGAUACUGUGGCCCAAGGGAGGACUAACUUGCCACCUGAUAAGAUACCCUGGAGUGCUUUCCGUACUCUUCUCUCUCAGUGUAUUUAUGGCGGACGUAUCGAUAAUGAUUUUGAUCAGAGGUUACUUAAUUCAUUUGUGAGUCGCCUCUUCAGUGUCAAAAGCUUUGAAGUUGAUUUCCCUCUCGUCUCUAACGUUGAUGGAAUCCGCAACGUUCCCAUCCCCGAAGGCAUAAGACGUGAGCAGUUCCUGCAAUGGAUAGAGAACCUCCCAGUUCACCAGACUCCAUCUUGGCUUGGUCUACCUAACAAUGCCGAAGUUGUUCUUUUAACUACAAAAGGAUCAGCCCUGACUGCUAAACUACUUAAAAUGCAGUCGCUAAGUGAUGAUGAUGACUUCCUUUCUUCAGUUGGUACCACAAUAACUGAGAACUUGUCCAAGAAGAGUGAUGGUCGCCCAGCAUGGAUGAGAACCCUACACGUUACUGCUCUUGACUGGUUAAAGAUCAUACCUCAAUCUUUGAACGUUUUACGAAGAACAGCUGAUAACAUCAAGGAUCCUCUGUUUAGGUUCUUCGAGAGGGAGAUCACGAGCGGUUCUAAGCUACUGGCGACUGUGAGGAACGAUUUGAUGAAUGUUGUUGAGGUUUGCGAGACCAAAAGAAAACAGACCAAUUACCUUCGUACGCUGAUUAGUGAUUUAGCCAAAGGUAUCAUUCCAAGAAGUUGGUCUAUAUACAUUGUUCCACCCGGUCUCACUGUAUUGCAAUGGGUCGUUGAUUUCAGUGAGAGAGUCAAGCAGCUUCAAUCAAUAUCGAAUCAAGUCCUUAACGAAGGAUCUCACGUUUUAAAAUCUGUUAAUGUCUGGUUGGGUGGUCUGUUUACUCCUGAGGCCUACAUCACGGCCACAAGACAAUUUGUAGCUCAAGCUAACUCCUGGUCACUUGAAGAACUAUUCCUUGAAGUACUGGUAGAUUUUAAGGGUCAAUUGGAUGACUGUAGUUUUGGUGUCACUGGAUUGAGGCUACAAGGAGCUAAAUGUACCGCCAAUAGGCUGUCACUAACUGCCACCAUCGUCAAUGAACUUCCUCUCACUUGUCUGAAGUGGGUUAGAGUGAAUCCUUCUGAAGCAUACAAGAAAUCACUAGGAAAGGUUGUUUUGCCCGUUUAUUUGAACCAAACUCGUUCUGUCUUGCUCUUUACCCUUUCCUUUGAUGCCGAUGGAGUUUCCGCUGACGGGGACCACGCCUAUUAUGAGAGAGGUGUGGCCAUUUUGAGCUCUCCACUUUAAUAGCAAAACCAAGUAGUGAACUUUGAACUUUAACAAUUUAGUAGUAGUGGUAGUAUAAAGCUGUAGUAUUUGUAGGUAGGAUGGUUUGUUUACAAUCAUCUGAUAGCUCUAGUGAUAUUAGGUUUAGUUUGAUUGCUUUAUUCUUUUACAAAAAUAAAAUUCAAAAAA